CAAUGGGAGCGCGCGCAGCGAGGCUCCGCGGUCCGUGCCGCGGGUACUGAAAACCCGGCGCGCGCAAGCCGUCCCGCGCUCCGCGCACGCGAGGUCGGCGCGCGCUAGCCCGCGGGCCCCGAGCGCGCGCCUGACGCCCCUGCCCCGCUGGCGCGCGGCGACGCCCGGCCCCGAUGGACCCCCAGACCCCUGCCCGGACGCCGACCCCGCGCUACUUCACCUGGGACGAGGUGGCGCAGCGCUCCGGGCGCGAGAAUGAGCGGUGGCUCGUGAUCGACCGGAAGGUGUACAACAUCAGCGAGUUCACCCGCCGGCACCCGGGGGGCUCCCGGGUCAUCAGCCACUACGCGGGGCAGGAUGCUACGGAUCCUUUUGUGGCGUUUCACAUCAACAAGGGCCUUGUGAGGAAGUAUAUGAACUCUCUCCUGAUCGGAGAACUGUCUCCAGAGCAGCCCAGCUUCGAGCCCACUAAAAAUAAAGAGCUGAUCUACGAGUUCCGGGAGCUGCAGGCCACCGUGGAGCGGAUGGGGCUCAUGAAGGCCAACCAUGUCUUCUUCCUGCUGUACCUGCUGCACAUCCUACUGCUGGAUGUUGCUGCCUGGCUCACCCUUUGGGUCUUCGGGACAUCCUUUGUGCCUUUCCUCCUGUGUGCGGUGCUGCUCAGCACGGCUCAAGCUCAGGCUGGCUGGCUGCAGCAUGACUUCGGGCACCUGUCCGUCUUCAGCACCUCUACUUGGAACCACCUGCUCCAUCAUUUCGUGAUUGGCCACCUGAAGGGCGCCCCCGCCAGUUGGUGGAACCACUUGCACUUCCAGCACCAUGCCAAGCCCAACUGUUUCCGCAAAGACCCGGACAUCAACAUGCACCCGUUCUUUUUUGCCCUGGGGAAGAUCCUCUCUGUGGAGCUUGGGAAACAGAAGAAAAAGUACAUGCCAUACAACCACCAGCACAAAUACUUCUUCCUGAUUGGGCCCCCAGCCUUGCUGCCUCUCUACUUCCAGUGGUAUAUUUUCUAUUUUGUUUUCCAGCGGAAAAAGUGGGUGGACUUGGCCUGGAUGAUCAGCUUCUACGCCCGCAUAUCCCUCACUUACGUGCCGUUGUUGGGACUGAAAGGCCUCCUGGGCCUUUUCUUCAUGGUCAGGUUCCUGGAAAGCAACUGGUUUGUGUGGGUCACACAGAUGAACCACAUCCCCAUGCACAUUGAUCACGACCGGAACAUGGACUGGGUCUCCACCCAGCUCCAGGCGACAUGCAAUGUCCACAAGUCUGCCUUCAAUGACUGGUUCAGUGGACAUCUCAACUUCCAGAUUGAGCACCAUCUUUUCCCCGUGAUGCCUCGACACAAUUACCAUAAAGUGGCCCCCCUGGUGCAAUCCCUGUGUGCCAAGCAUGGCAUAGAGUACCAGUCCAAGCCCCUGUUCUCAGCCUUCGCCGACAUCGUCUACUCACUGAAGGAGUCUGGGCAGCUCUGGCUAGAUGCCUACCUUCACCAGUAACGACUGGCACUCCUCCCCGCACCUGGAAGAGAUGUCUGUCUUCACCGAUAACACCAGCCCACUGGGAAGGGGAGUCUGCACCAAAGCAGAGGGGAGCUUAUGGGACAAUGCCACUAUAAUUCUAAUAUUCAAAGGGGGUGGGUUUGAGGAGACAAAGGCUCUGACUCAAACCCCCCUCCCCUUUAUCUUCCAGGCACAGAUUUAAGACCCAAAGGGGUAGGGGACCGUGCAUGCCUUCUGGAAGGAGCGAUGGGCCUGAUGGGGCAGAGAUGUGACAGUUUUGUUUCCUUUUUCUAGUUUGGCAGAUGCAGAUGGUUGGUGAGCAAAGAAGGGGGUCCAAGGGUGUUGGAAGACUAGGGAGGACCUAUUGAGCCCAGAGAUCAGGAAGAGAAUGAGCAUAAAAAUUCCAUCCAGGGGGUACCUGGGUGGCUCAGUCGGUUAAGCAGCAGACUCUUGACUUUGCCUCAGGUCGCAAUCUCACGGUUCCUGAGUUCAAGCCCCGGAUUGGGCUCUGCAUUGACAACACAGAGCCUGCAUGGGAUUCUCUCUCUCUCUCUCUCUCUCUACUCCUCCCCCGCUCAUGUUCUCUCUCUCUCUGCUCCUCCCCCACUCACGUUCUCUCUCUCUCUCUCACUCGCUCACUCUCAAAAUAAACAAGUAAACAUUAAAAUAGACAAAUAUAUAAAAUUCCAGCCAGGAAAGGGGUGAGCCCGUCUCACUGGUCCGCUUCUCAGCGCCUUCACCCUCACACGCAAACCUCAGAGGUUCGCAGGCUGGUGGGAGACAGAGCAGCUGAACCUUCCGAGCAAGAUUUAGAAAGGAAGGGUUAGUGCUGAGAUUUGAGGCCUGGCAUAGCACACUGGGAGGCUCAGCCUACUCUAGGGCUGGGGGGGGCCUAGGUCUGCCUCAGGCUGCUGAAGCGCUUUUCCCACUUGGAGAAGUGGGCAGGGCAAAGGCCAGGGCUGUGGUAACAGAAACAUCUGACUUUCAAGGAUCCUGGCCCUACUGGUUUUGAGCUCACGGUCCAUCCAGGGCACCCAGGGAGCAGUAGGUCCUAGGUCUUGCCAAAACAGCAGAAAGAGUUGCUGGCCACUCGGAAUCCCUUUACCUCGGGUUCAUCUCUUGCAACCACCACCCAAGGAACAGGACACUUCUAGGAUGGGGAGUCCAUUUCUUGAUCCAUAAGCAAGUGACCACAUGGGGCAACUGAAUCUUCUCCCUUUGAAACAAAUGAGGGCCCCCAGGGGUUUCCCUCUGCCUUCCUACCUGUAAUUAAUUCCAAGUUUAAUAAAGUAGUUAGCACAAGUGGACCACAUUGGGAGACCCUGAAUUACCAGUCACGAGGAAACCAGAUUGUAGUCCUAAAGAAUAGAAGGGCCGUAAGACAUUGUCUACAACCUAACUUAUGUUACAGUAUUCCUUCUGAGUGGGAACAGUGAAUUAAAUACAAUCACUUCAUAGUUCUAAACCACAGAUAGGAAGAUAAAAAAAACCACAGAAGUUUUGUGAGCUAUCAACCCUCAGCCGUUCAAGCAUCCUUCCCAGCCGGACACCAGGCAGGAAUUUAGGACAAUCUCUUUAAGAAGCCCACCAGUGUAAUUCCGAAAUACAAUUUUUAAAUCUGGUUCUUAACCGUUUAACCCAUCUCUAGACUGAACAAAGGAAUGUACUCAGGAGCCUGCCUUAAUUGCCAGGGUUUGUCGAUCCGCCUUCAACACCUUCCCUCCUCAUCCACACCUUCCAGUGCCGACGGGGGUGGGGGGAUUAGUUGCCUGUUCAACAGCAUCUACUCUAAGCGCAUUGAGCAUUGUGGAUACAGAGAGGAGGAAACUUCAAAGUAGAAGGAAAAAGAGCCCUAGGAGAGUCCACAUUUAGUUUUAGGAGAGAAUAAAGAUCAUCUUAAGGCAAGUUGGGAUGGGGUUCGAGGUACCACCUAUGGAAGGGCUGUUGGGAUCCCUCAAGAGGUGUGUCAAAACAAAGAUUAAAGAAGCAACAAACAUGGGGAGGACGGGUUGCCAGAGCAUACUCAGAUCUUUUCCAUUUGGCCAGAACCUGCUUUAAAACAGCCUGGGUCGAAACAUGAGAAGUAGAAUUGAAACGUUCUACUUUCGUUGGCUUCCUCACUCCAGAGUAGGUACUGACCCUUCCCUACCCCCUGGUUCCCUGCUACCUAGGGUUUCAGUGUUGGGUCACCAGCCUAUCGAGCCAUCUGCCUGCCAAGCUGAGCAAAUCCAGUGAUGCUUACUGAGCCAAGGCCGGGCCCUCGAAGCACUUCAACCACUGUGGCCUUCUCUCCUUAACCUAGACCGGUGUGGUCUCACGUGGCCACAGAGGGACACCCCAGCGACAAAAGGCUUAGACCGUUACAACAGUAACAGGAGUCAUUUCAAAUCCAAGCAGUAGACACGAGAAAACAGGCUCAAAGACCAUACAAGUCACCGCCAGUCACAGACUGGCAAAACUAACCUUUGAACUCCCGUGUUCUAGAGUUCUAGCCUCUAUGUGCAUCUUUGUUUCUUUAAUUAGGCCGACAUCCGUGUCCUUUGUGUUGAUGUGACUACAUCUCCAAGAAGUAAAGCUGAAAAAUAAAGUUAAUUUUGACCACCUGAA